CUCCAUAGGUGAGUUGACUCUAUGUUACCUGACGUCUUAAGUCAUGUGGGAGAGUUCCGACUGGUGGCUUAUCCAAUCUCAGCCACGGCGCGUUUUACCCGUGACAUCGUUAAAAUUAGGUUUCAUGCUAACUGUUUUAAACGCCGUAUUGUGGUUGAUCGCUAUCGUUUUACAGUCUUUGCUGCUUCAAGAAAUUGAUUAUCACGUUGUACCAUCGUCCUACACUCUCGUCGGUAUCUGCCUCGGCUGGUCUGCAACGCUUUUGAUCGCUACGGUCGGAUCGUUGUACGGUUUGAUUCGAAACACUGAUAACGAUGUUAAAUCCUACCUAGUAUUGACGGCCACGACAGCCGCUUUGGCGCCAAUAAUUUUUUUUGCCUACGUAGUUCUUCUAUGUCUUGAUACUGCUACUGAAUCCUGGCUAGGACCAGGCGGGUUCUCCAUUUUCACGGCUCUCUACGUUUCCGGAGAGAGUUGCAUCCUAUUGUGGUACUUCCUACGUGAAUGGAAAGCUUACCGAAUAGAAGUUGAAGAAAAAAAGAUGGAUCGGAUUCAACAACGCGUGCGGGAGCAGCAAAAUCAUCAUUUGAGUGUUUUGACUAGUACCCUACAAUCAACGCCACCUAGCGGGUACGGAGUAAGACAGAUAAUGGAGACAAGCGAGACUCAAGUGGAAGUGAUGCAAGAGGGAAUGGGAGUCGAGGAUGUGAGCGAUGCAGGCAGCGACCGAUUUACUUACUAUCCGCCUGUGUUUGUUUGAAAGUCUUGCACAAUACAAAAUUUCGUUUU